AUGUCUUUUUCAUCAACGGCUUACUCUUCCAGCAGAUUAGCCGAUCACUCGACACAAGCAGAGGCUAACACUAUCAGCAAUAUUGCCACUACUGUUAUAACUAUUACCUCAUGUGCCGAUAAUAAAUGUACCAAAAACACAUUGGCUACAGGCGUUUCAAGCUACACAACAACAGUGAACAACGUUGUAACUGUUCUUACCACAUACUGUCCAUUGAUCUCUGAAACAAUCUCAAAGACAACGAACCCCACCUCGAGUGUCGAUCCCGACGCAAAUGUAAACUCAAUUCCAAGCAAAACAGACCAGAUUUCAGACGAAACUUUCAAAGGACAUUCUAAUAUUGCUAGUGCUGUUUACGAAACGACACUUAUCUAUUCUACUCUUUCUGCAUCUUCUUCUGAAAUAUCAGCUACAGGCACUGUGAUAACAGCAUUCAAAGCUGAAGCUGCAGUCAUGAAUCCUUCAAACUGGAUCCCUUUCAUUGCUUCUCCAUUACUUCUUCUCAUGCUCGUAUGA